AUGGCUGCUCUUGAACAUCGGCCUUGGAAAGGCUUCUUGAGUUUUGAGACCGUGGACGAAGACACUGAUGGAACGACCAGUGUGGAGUCAACUUUAGGUGGCGAAGCCACGAGCGAUGAUGGUGAGAAUGAUAUUGCUGAGCCCCCAGCUUUCUCACCUGAGGCGCUGGUUCACUGGCUGUAUGGGAGGUGCACACGUCAUGAACUUCCUGCAGCUGCCAAUCAGGAUCCACAGAGGGGCGACAAAUAUCAACAAAGGAAAUCCAUUUUGCAGGAGAUGUUGACCUACCCGCACCAUGCGCCUCCUGAGGAGUACGAGAAUGCCAGCACAGUAUGCUUCAUCUUGUGGAUGAUUCGCCUUCAGAUGAGGAUGCUGGAGUCACUCAGCGGAGGCUAUGAGCUGAGUUCAGAUGAUGAGUUGCCUUGCCAUGGACACCCACCGUAG